CCACUUCAAGGAGGCGUCAUGCUAAAGCAAGAAACCCCAAAAGCAAAGACACCGAACAAAAGAAAAGAAAAAAAAAAGGUGAGGAGAGCAGAGAGGAGAUGGGAAAAGCAGAGAAAACAGAGCUGAAUCGAUCACUCACGGCCCACCUCAAUACCAUCCAUGAAACCUUGCAGGUGUUGGAUCAAACUGCUUCUUCUUCUUUGGAGAAAGUAACCUGGACUCAAGUUAUCCAGAUUGCUGAACAACUCUCCAAGCAAGCUACUAUUGCUGGAAUGCUUUGGAAUGGGGAAGCACCUGAAGCUAAACAACUUGAAGAGAACAUGACAUCGUAUUUCAAUGUGCUACAGGGCUUCCUUUUGCUCUCCCAUGGAAGCACUGUUGGUGCUGGCCCAACUCUCUCUUCCAUCAUCCAUGAAUCAGUGAAGCGAGUUGUUGAUUGCAGUUUUAGGUUAAUGAAGGAAUCUGUCUCAUUAUAUGAAUGGAUGCUAACAGGUGGACGUAUUUUAGAUUUGACUAUUCUUUAUGGUCAAAACUGAUCCAAACGAUUGGUUUUGUUCUUCCUUCAAGACACUCAGCA